AUGAACACCGGCGAGCUCAUUAGGGGGCGAAUCGUAGCAGCAGAGACAUCCGUGCGCCGGAGCUCGUGGGUGGAUUUGGAGCAUGACCAGGGCGCCCCAAACUGCGCUCGGAGGCUGCGGUCUGGGGCCACCUCUCGCAUCUCCUACCGGGGUGAAGCCAGCCCAGCGAGGCGCGGGCGCCGCACCGGGGGUGGACUAAAACCUCUCCCGAUGAUCGGGGGCGAGGACGAGCGAGCGAGCGAGAGAGAUACAGCCAGAGAGCCUCCGGUGCCCGUUCGCUCGCCUCUGAGAGGUUCUCCCGGCGCGCGCGCGCGCGUGUGUGUGCGUGAGUGUGUAUUUGCCGGGACUGGAGCUGGAAAGUUCAAACUAAACGUGUUGCUCGCACCGCUCGCCGGGGCCGCGGCGGAGGCUGCCCAACUUCUCUGGGCCAAGUGCCCGGCGGUGCCCUGCGCCCUUGGCGCGGCGGCGGUGCCUCGGCCCUGCGCCCGGGCGCGGCGGCUGCGCCUCGGCUCGCUCGGGAGGGAGCCCGCGGCCAGGGCUGGACUCUCGCCCCGCCACCUCCAGCGACGCUCCCUGCUCGGCCUCCGCGCCUGGCGAUCGCAGCAAGGUACGUGGUACUUUCCCCACGGCUUCGACCCCUGCCCAGCCCUCGCGGAUUGCGGGCUGCCCGGGGUCUCUCCUUCCCCGGAGCAAUCGUCAUUUGUCAAACUUUACCUCCGCCUGGCGCUGCCCGUGGCGGCUGCAGCCAAACCCUCCCCGGUGGCGUGGGCACCUCUGGCCAAGGGGCUCCGACCGGGGGGAGGAUCCGCUGGCCGUGGUGUUUCCCCAUCUGGAUGA